AUAGUUCAGGGUGAGAGUCGCAGGCUUUACCCUAUCUGUGCAUUGGAUUGAGAUCGAUACCAAAGAGACCAUCGAGAGUAACAUGAUCGCCAGGGUUCUUCACGGCACCAGCGCCCUGCUAAUCGCUAUCAGUCUGUGUGGCUCUGGAUCUCUUGGUUUCAUAUUGCGAAACUGCCAACCAGAAGAUGGAAAAAUACAUGACCAUGGCGACACUGUAUAUGUCCAGCCAGCGAGUGAUCCUACUACUAUACAUGUCAGGCCUGGUGGAAACCUCUACAAGAAGCCGUUCAUCUUCACAUCACCAUGCGAUGUAUCAUUCAAGGCUAUUUCUCUUCUGUACUCGGGAACAUGCUCUGUAUCAGUGAGUUAUGGAAGCGAUGACAGAGUUCUUGAUAUGCUUCAAUUUUCAGAUCUGCUGACAAGUACCUGGAAUCGUAGAAACGUGAGCCUGACGAACGCCGCGUCCGAAUCGCUUCACGGGUUCAUGACAAGCAAUAAUACGAGCAGGUUCCUGAUCACGAUUUCCCCAGGGAUAUCUAAUUAUUGUCAAUUAUAUAAAGUCGACCACAAAGGAGCAAGAGGACUGAUCAUCAUUGGACAGGUUAUUCCAACGUCUAGUUCAGCAAGCACUUUCACGAAUACUGCUAUACCCCCACGCCAAGCUUCUACAGUACCAACUCCGGUUGCGACCACUGGCUCAGUGGACUCAAGUUCCACCGAGGGCACAACUCAUUCUGCGGUAACCACUACAGCCGAGACCACUUUACUGGUGGAGUCAACUAGCGCAACGGGCACCUCUAUUCCUCAGACCAAGCCAUCUGCUUCAACAACAAGCAACAUUGAACAACUUGACAGUGACUCGGGUGGAUUUAGUUUAGUAACUAGCAUUGUUAUUCCCCUGGUUUUACUGGCUGUUCUGCUAGGCGUUUUCAUUCUGCUGUUAUUGGUUAGGUCAGGAAUCUUUCUCUCCAAGAGCAGUCAUCCGUGGAUUAUUGCUGUUCGUAGAUCAACCAUCCCCAAAAAUAUGCCAGACCCGAGAAAUCAGUUUUACCAGAAUCACGAUGGUACUGACCGCGUUGACCAGAGUCCUGCGGCCGAACUGAGGGAUCGUGGGCUGUAUUCGUCUGUUGGACCUGGGUACGGCAAUCCAACCAACCGUCCCCAGACGCCUCCUGGUAUAGCUGCUGCUCGUGACGACCGUGUUACAGUGAAUGUGUCGUACACGCAUGCUACUUGUUAUGGUGCUGCUCCGACGAGUUCUGUCAAUACGGAAACGAAGCAGAAAGAUGCUGGUGAGCCAUACGCUAGUGUGAAGUCAAUGUUUGAUCAACCAGCUCAGGAAGUCAAGUCAAAUCCGGCAAACAACGGAACACAGGCAGCCGGAUGUGAAGAAAGCUCAGCUCCAACUGUCUGCUACUCAGUUCCUCACAAGCGGAAUACGACAGAUGUUUGCAGAAAUUACGAAAAGGCAGAUGAGUACACGGUUACUAAGCAUGACGACGUACCCCGUACUACAAAUUCAAUCGACCACAUAUGUCGUGCUACGGACGAAACAUCACUUAACGUCUUAUCGAAGUCCGCACAAUCCGCCGUACAUAACCAGGAGAAGUCUAUCGAUCCAGAUGAUGUGGAGCGCAAAAAACUCCGUGGUCGGAGUGACGCAACACCAGUAGUAUGCCACGAUACCACAACCACCACUACCAGCACCAACCCGCAGUCAUCUCGCUUAUCCCUUCCAGCCACAUACACAUCGACACCGGCCGAGUCAGACACACAAAGAUGUGUGUCUCCGUCUCAAGUCCCAAAGCCUCUGCCAUAUAGGGUAUUCAAAGUAUUGAAGGACAGCCACGGCGAUUACAUGAACCCACAGGACACAGUCUCCAGUCAAGGGGCUGACCAGCCUAAUACAGACACAGAUCCUAACAUAUAUGCAGAACCAGCCAUCUCCCUGAGCAAUGAUAUAUUGUACAACGCAUCCACACUUGGCAAAGGAGAUGAAGUGGGUGGUAUCAGCACUGUGCCGGUUAAUAGUCCUGAUCCUUCUGCCAUAUAUGCUGUGCCUCAGAAAAACUGUGAAACGUGAAGUAUGCUCAUCUAAUCGUUUUUAUUUCAGUUUCAGGUCUCAUUCGCUUGCUUCUCGCCAUUUUUCAUAAUUUUCUGGCCAGGACCGAAAUGAUUGUUGUCCGCGGCGAGGACAUCCAAAAUCACUCAUUUGUUUAAACGCUUUGUUUCU